AUGUCUUCUGAAAUAACUAAAAUACAAACACCUAAUAAUAUGUCUUUCAAAUUAAAUACGCCUGAUAAUAUGUCUUUUGAAAUAAAUACAUCUUAUAAUAAUAUGUUUUUCGAGUUAACUGAAGAUACAACCAAUGAAUUAGCUGAAAUAGAAAUAGUUAAUAAUAUGUCUUUUGCAAUAGCUGAGACAGAAAUGUCCAAUAAUAGGUUAGAAAAUCCAGAAAUAACAAGAGAAACCCAUUUGGAUCAAUAUAACAGUAAUGUUGUACCAUUGCAUAAUUUGGGUUUUAUGAAUGUUAAAUGUUCACAUUGUGGUGCUUUACAUUGGAAAGAUGAAAAAGUUUCUGGAAUGGUAAAGAAACUAAUCUUUAGCAUAUGCUGUGCGAAAGGCAAGGUGCAUUUACAAUCAUUGGCCCCAACUCCUCCAAAUUUACUUUCUCUACUAACUGAAAAUAAUGCAUGUGCACAAAAUUUUCGAAUCAAAAUCCGUAUGUACAAUUCAGUUUUUACGUUUACAUCAAUGGGUGCAAAGAUUGAUGAGCAAGUAACAGGAACUAGCAGUGUAUACUCUUUUCGAAUCCAUAGAGAAAUGUAUCACCAAAUAGGUAUACUUUUACCAGAAAAUCCUGCAUGCCCGAAAUUUUAUCAAAUUUAUCUGUAUGAUACAGAUGAACAGCAGUUACAUAGGCAAU